GGGAGAGGAGAGAGACCUGUGGGGGUGGGACAGGAUUAGAUUUCCAUGUGUCUGUUUUAACAGAGUGGUGUCUUCUGGCAGAGAAAGAGUGCGAGAGAGAACGAGGGAUCUGCCACUCCUGGAAAAAACAACAAACUGUAAAGAACGUCCACUUUCAAGCAGGUUCAGCGUGAAUGUGCCGCUCCUGAGGUGUCCUGGAGCUCUGCUUUGAUUGGAGGGAGAGGCUGUAAUCAGAGCCAGGACCUUCCAGCUCAGUGGGCUGACUGGACUUUCUUUGGCUGACUGGGAUUCGAUGCUACAACCUUCUGGACAGGAGUCCACUCCCGCUGCAGGGUUCCUGCCCAUGUUCCCUCUCAUGAUCUGAUGAGCCACCUCUCCUCUCUACAGCCCCCAACAGUCCUGUGAAAUUCUGGAAUCCAUCAGGUCAAAGCUCAAAGGUCAAAGGUCAAGCACAGCUGUUCCACUGAUAGCCAUUACGAGUGCUGGGAGGGAGACAGAAUGCAUCCUCUCUCUGGAGCGGCACAUGGUCAGGGUCAAAGAUAUCCCACGAGACCACAGCCAAUCAGAGCUAUGCCCCGCCCCCCCUGCGGCCCUCGCCCAGCCUUACUGCUGGGGCUGCUGCUGGCCCUGUGGGGGCCCUCGGGGGCCCGCGGGCAGAACGACACCGAGCCCAUCGUGCUGGAGGGGAAGUGCCUGGUGGUGUGCGACUCCACGCCGUCCUCAGAGCCGGCGGGAAACGCACUGGGCAUGUCAGUGCGCUCGGGCACCGGCCGCGUCGCCUUCUCCGCCACCCGAAACACCAACCAUGAGCCCUCCGAGAUGAGCAACCGCACCAUGACCAUCUACUUCGACCAGAUCCUGGUGAAUGUGGGCGGGCACUUUGACCCCGCCCGCAGCAUUUUCGUGGCCCCUAGGAAGGGUGUCUACAGCUUUAGCUUCCACGUGGUCAAGGUGUACAACCGGCAGACGAUACAGGUCAGUCUCGUGCUGAAUGGAUGGCCGGUGAUCUCAGCCUUUGCUGGUGACCAGGACGUGACUCGGGAGGCUGCCACCAACGCAGGGCUGGUUACCAUGGAGAGGGGGGACAAGGCCUACCUGAAGCUGGAGAGGGGGAACCUGAUGGGGGGGUGGAAGUACUCCACAUUCUCUGGCUUCCUGGUCUUCCCCCUGUAGAGGGAGAGAGAG